ACGCGCGUAACGCCUGAUCAAUCACGCUGUUCUUUUGGGGAUGUCAAAUGAGUCAUUCGCACGUCAGUGGUUGCGGAAGAGUGAAGUUAUUUCGUGUUUUGUGAAAACAAGUGCAUCCGAAUCUUGAGAAAUUUGUGAUUUUUUUUAAGUUUUUGUAGCUAGACAUCUAUCAAUACACACAACGAGAUGGCCGGCAUGCCAGACCAGCAGUUCCUGUGGAACAUCUUCCAGAAGGUCGAUCGCGACCGAAGUGGGUUCAUAUCGCAGGACGAGCUACAGCAGGCGCUUUCGAACGGAACGUGGAACCCGUUCAACCCGGAAACGGUCCGGCUCAUGAUUGGGAUGUUCGAUCGCUCGAACCGCGGCGUCGUAAACUUCCAGGACUUUGGAGCACUGUGGAAGUACGUGACGGACUGGCAGAACUGCUUCCGCUCGUUCGACACGGACAACUCGGGAAACAUCGACAAGAACGAGCUGAAGGCGGCGCUGACGGCCUUUGGAUAUCGCCUGUCGGACGGGCUUUACGACACGCUGAUUCGAAAGUUUGAUCGAUACGGAAACGGGACGAUUUUGUUCGAUGAUUUUAUCCAGUGCUGCGUAAUUUUGUACACGCUGACGUCGUCCUUCCGGCAGUACGACACGGAUCAGGACGGCGUCAUAACCAUCCACUACGAGCAGUUUUUGAACAUGGUGUUUAGCUUGAAGAUUUGAAUGGGCCGCUUUUGAGGUGAUAGAAUUAGAUUGGAUCCGUCGCAAACGAUUUAUAAAUUUCUAAACUUUGUCAAUCAAUUUUAAACUCGAUGCAGACAAAGCACUUGAAUGACACUCUUGUUCUGGCUUGGUCGAAUCGUAAGUAACAAUCGUUUACCAGAGCCACAAAAGGGGUGCCAUUGAGAUAUUUUGGGCUUGGUGUGGAUAAGAUGUUUGUCUCACGAAAAAUAAAUGGCCUUAAUGUUUAGCUAAAGAUCAGAUAUGUAGGUGGCAAAGCUCGGAGAUUCUGAUAGUGUAUGUAAAUUUUCUCCCCUAAAACAGUAGUUAUUCUCCAACUCCCCACUUGCUGUAGCACGAAAAAACCCACAAGUUAUAGAUUACAGGAUUUUCAGUCUAAAACACAAACCUUACCCAUUCGAAUGGUUAAUGUUCUUGAACGCAGUCCCUACUAGAGUUAAAACAACGUUACACUCAUAGUCAUGGUUAAUUAAACAGUGGCCAAAAUGUUAAAUUUUGUUAAAAUAUUACUUUUUAUAUUAUACAACAAACACAAUCACAACUUUAUAAUAAAUAUCUCGUCGUACUC